AUGGCCAGGGAGGUUACGUACCUGCUGCUGCCUGUGCUGCUGGUGCUCCUGGCCUCAGGCCCCUGGGCACAGAUGGCAGAGUUGCUGCGUGAACUGGAGGGUGAGACAAUCUCUGUGAGAUGCCAGUACCAAUGUUACCAGGGUUCAAGGAGGAAAGUCUGGUGUAGGCAAACAUCAGUGGACAGAUGUGCCAUAUUAGUGGGCAGUUCCAGGCCCAGGGCUUGGGAGUCUCGACACUCCAUCCAGGAUGAUCGCAUCUCUUGCCACUUCACUGUCACCAUGACUGCACUAACGGUAAAGGACUCGGGAUUUUAUUGGUGUGGAAUCCAUGAAUCUUACGGAACAGUUAUUCUCAGAAUCAUCCAUCUGAUGGUAUCUCAAGCUUCAACUCGACCUGCCCCGAGGAGCACCAGAACACCAGCCCUGGCCUCUGCCACCAGACCUGUCAUUGACAGCCCCCCCAGCCACUGGAAGUUCAUCAUCCCAGGCGUGGUGGUGGCCACCCUGCUGCUGAUGGCGCUUGCCCUCCUCAUGGCCCUGUACCUCAGGAAAGCCCGAGGAAGAGCCAGGAAAGGUGAGGAUGGAUCCCACCACGACUAUGACAACAUUGCAGCACAGAAGGAGCCCACAGGCUUCAAUCAGCAGAUAGUCUCUGAUGAGGACACUGGGGCCAUCUGCUAUGCCUCACUCAUACACCUAAACCAAUUCAGCCCUGAGGACUCCAUCUAUGCUAACACCAACCACAACUUGAAGCCAACGCCUGACCCGCUUCUGUUUGUGGAAUAUGCCAGCAUUACCGGAAAUGGUCCCCAGCCCUCAAAAUCAGCAGCUCCAGAGGGGGAGCCAAGGAACUGA